AUGCUGCGGCGCCUGGCGCUCACGCUCACCGCUGCUGCGCUACUCGCGGCCAUCGCCGAGGCGAGGCGGCUCUACCGCCUGUGCGCGGCGCUCAGGCAUGAGAUCGCCACGCAGCAGUCGCUGAGGGCAGCAGAGCGUGCCGGGAGGACCGUGGCAGAGCGGCGGCUGCGGCGAGCAGCGUCCGUGGUCAACCCUGCGACGUGCGGCUACCGGCCAAUCGGCCACAUAGAGUCGUGUUUUGUGGAGAGGCGCGGCACGCCGCGCCAAGGCCUGCUCGUGCCGGAUGCUCGGGCGCGACUGCGGCUAGACCCGCACGCGGUGCAGCCCGCGGCGGCGCUCGAGGGCCUCGAAGGCUUCUCGCACGUCUGGCUCAUCUUCGAGUUUCACGAAAACACCAAUGCCGCCAAGCUCCGCGGCAGCGGCGGCG